AUGGAGGAUGCUCUCACCCUGGAUGGAGGUACUGGCAUCCCGAUAGGGCUCGAUGGUGUACCACACCCACUUUUGCCCCCGAUAUCAUCCCAACACAAGGGGCGCAAAUGUCUCGUCCUUGACCUCGACGAGACCCUUGUUCAUAGCAGUUUUGGGUCUCUUCAACACGCGGAUUAUAUUGUACCAGUAGAGAUUGAGUGUCUUUGGCACGAUGUGAACGUCACCAAGCGUCCGGGUGUGGAUGACUUCCUGAAGAAGAUGGGCGAAAUCUAUGAGGUGGUGGUAUUCACCGCCAGCGUGAGCAAGUUUGCGGACCCGGUCCUAGAUAAGCUAGACAUUAAUCAAGCAGUGUCGCAUCGACUAUUCAGAGAGAGUUGCUAUAGCCACAAUGGAGACUAUGUCAAGGAUCUCUCCCAGCUGGGUCGCCCGCUUGCAAGUAUCGUCAUUCUGGACAAUUCUCCGGCAUCAUAUACUUUCCACCCCAAUAAUGCGAUCCCUGUUUCUUCCUGGUUUAAUGAUCCACAUGACACGGAGCUCACUGAUCUCUGUCCUUUCCUUGUGGAUCUUGGUGGCGUAAGAGAUGUUCGUGGGGUCUUGGAUGCUGAUCUCAGUAUGAGUGAUGGAGUAUUGGAUCUAAUGAAGAAGAAAUCAAGAGGGCUGUGA